AUGGGAACAUCCAGCAGAAAAGACGCUGUGUGCGCGCGAAGGAUGUCAGUAGGCUCAGUAGAUAGCCAGUCCCAAGAAAUAGCAAACAUGCUAGCAUAUUUUACAGAGCGCCCUGCAUUAAUUGAAGAGAUGCGCGAAGGCCUGCAGAAUAUUAUAGAGGAUCCAACAAUACAGAAAAUAAACAGAAGACACUCCGACCAGUUUCGUACAAUAGAAACCAACAGGCUCUCGCAGGAAAUGGAUAAAAACAGAAAACUGCGGCUUAUCCACAAAUUUGAGAAGGAAAACAAAAAUAUAUCAGAUGUAACAGACCAGUGGAGAGAAGUGCUUCUUACUGCAUUUGAAGACCUUGCCAAAUAUACACAUGCACCGCGCACUGAUCUAUAUAAAGCUUUCCAUCUUAAAGCAAUACAUGUAGAUAAGGAGGAGGUUGGCAUAUACAGCGACUACGAAUCAGAAACAGAAAAUGAAUAA